CUGUCGAACCCACGCUCGCUAGAGCUUAUUCCCCAAGUAAAGAAGGUUGAUCUCCCUCUAAAACUUGCCCACGAAUCUCUCCAUCUCUCUCGGGACUCUGUGCGAAGGAUCGGAACAUCACAGGCGGCCAUGGAGUGCGUUUUCGGGCUUGUCGGCGACGGCUUUGCUUUGAUCGCUGCGGACUCAUCCGCUGUCCAUAGUAUACUCGUCCACAAAUCUAACGAGGACAAGGUUUUGGUCCUCGACUCCCACAAGCUCCUCGGCGUCUCCGGCGAGGCCGGCGAUCGGGUUCAGUUCAUCGAGUACAUCCAAAAGAACGUGCAUCUCUACCAGUUCAGGAAUGGCAUCCCGCUGAACACUGCCGCCGUUGCCAACUUCACCAGGGGUGAACUUGCCACUGCUCUUAGAAAGAACCCAUAUUUUGUUAACAUUCUACUAGCUGGUUAUGAUAAGGGUAUUGGACCAUCUCUUUACUACAUUGACUACAUCGCAACUCUCCACAAGAUCGACAAAGGUGCAUUUGGUUAUGGUUCCUAUUUCUCCUUGGCAAUGAUGGAUAGGUAUUUUCGCAGUGGGAUGUCACUGGAAGAGGCAAUUGAUCUUGUAGAUAAAUGCAUCAUGGAAAUCCGGUCAAGACUGUUUGUUGCUCCACCGAACUUCGUGAUCAAGAUUGUAGACCAGAAUGGAGCAAGGGAGUAUGCAUGGCGUGAAUCCAUUUCAUCAGACUAAUGUCUUUCUGAACCUAGUGUUAUGAUCUUGACUGGCUUGACUAGAGGACAGUUUUUGCAUUGAAUUGCUGAAUAUGUUUUAUUUAGGUUGUUUGUCCAAAAAAAUAUGUUUGAUCUAUGAAAUUUCUCUUAAUGUUGAAUCAAUCAUAAUUUUUUUCUUGCUUAA